UUAAAUAUCACACUCGAUCCAGUAACAACACACCACUGAAGUAGAGGGGUAGUUUGGACAUUUAAGAUAUACAGCAGGUUUUGGUUAAUAAAAAGAAAAAAAUUGUCCCAUUUCCGUCGCUCAUCUCCGUCGUCUCAUCGCUUCGCCAUAGUUCUCCGUCAUCCGAGCAACCCUAAAAAUGGAUGGGCAUGAUUCUGAGGAUACUAAGCAGAGCACUGCUGAUAUGACUGCUUUUGUCCAAAAUCUCCUGCAGCAGAUGCAAAGCAGGUUUCAGACAAUGUCGGACUCCAUCAUCACAAAGAUCGAUGACAUGGGAGGCAGAAUCAAUGAGCUGGAGCAAAGCAUCAAUGAUCUAAGAGCCGAGAUGGGAGUUGAAGGCACUCCACCUCCUGCCUCCAAAUCAGGCGAUGAACCCAAAACACCGGCUAGUUAGUUCCACUUGAUAAAAAAACUAAGGUCCAUGAUCUUUCUGCUUGUGUCUGCAGCUCCUUGAAAUUUAUUAAGCGCAGUACUAUUACUUUUUAAAAUUUUCUGUUUCAAAAGACAUGAAUAUCUUGUUGAGUUCAUUAAAUAGAUCGAUGAUGUGGUGGUACA